GUACAUGCUGAGAGGCAGAUCUGUGGAUUCUGGCACAUUUACUCACACUCAUCUGCUCUGCUGACAGUAGUAUAUUCGAGCCGAGCCCCGCGUCUCUUUGUCCGCGAUCAUAGCGCUCUCAUCAUGACCCAAAGGUGAUCCUCAGUCCCGGUGGUUCUGGGAGUCCACGUCUGCGAGAGCGUACACAAGAGAGGCCUCUUUAUAGGUGAAAGGAUUGCCCAGGGCCACAGCGCUCAGAAUCUGAAGGAGCGCAGCAGUCAUCCAGCCAGGACUGAAGAUCAGGAUGGAGAAGGAAGACCUGAAGAUUGUCAACAGAGAUUUGGAGGAUGAGAUGGAGUUGAGCGGGUAUCGGCUGUGCCGAUGGAAGCUGGUUCUGGUGGGUUUAGGUGGUCUGUGUACAGGCGGUUUUCUUUUCCUGCUGCUCUAUUGGAUGCCUGAAUGGUGUGUGAAGGCCACCUGCACACGGACCGCUGUCAGAGACGCAGAAGUCGCCCUCUUACGGAGCACUGAUGAGUUUAAGCGCUGGUUUCGAGCGAGGGUUCGGAUAAUGUUGGCCCCUGGGAAGAACCCUUACGACAACCUUGCCUCUCAGACCGCCUCCCCUCAGGCCAAUGACCACGCCCACAACCCCUCUGACUCCGCCCCUGGGAAAAUCACCAGGAAUCAAGAGGACCAGCAUGUGCAGAUACGUUAUUUUACCCUCCACAGCACUAAGUACUUUUGGAACGACACCAUACACAACUUUGAAGUAUUGAAAGGCCUGGAGGAUCUGAGCAUGACCUGCUCAUCCGUUCACUCAAAGCACAGUGGCGGGAUCAACAAAAACCAGCAGGAGUACAGGAGAUUUUUUUUCGGACUAAAUGAAAUAGACGUGAAAGUGCCUUCUCUUUUCAAGCUGCUAAUUAAGGAGGUCCUCAAUCCUUUCUACAUCUUCCAGCUCUUCAGUGUUAUCCUGUGGUGUACCGAUGAAUAUUAUUACUACGCAAUGGCCAUAGUCGUCAUGUCCUUCAUAUCAAUAGCUACCUCUCUCUACACUAUUAAAAAGCAAUAUGUAAUGCUACACGACAUGGUGGCAACACACAGUACUGUUCGAGUUACGGUCUGCAGGGGCGAAAACGAAACGGAGGAAGCCCUGUCCACAGACUUGGUCCCUGGUGAUGUCAUCGUCAUCCCCAGUAACGGGAUCAUCAUGCCCUGUGACGCAGUGCUCAUCUGUGGAACCUGCAUUGUGAAUGAGAGCAUGCUCACAGGUGAGAGUGUUCCGGUCACCAAGACGGACCUUCCGAACCCUCAGCAGGACAAGAAGGGUGGGGAUGGUGACACGAUCUACGGCACGGAGGAACACAAGAGACAUACGCUCUUCUGCGGCACGAACGUCAUACAGACCCGCUACUACACGGGAGAAAUGGUUAAAGCGGUGGUAGUGCGGACAGGUUUCAGCACUGCUAAAGGGCAGCUCAUCCGGUCUAUCCUGUACCCCAAACCCACAGACUUUAAGCUGUACCGGGACGCCUACCUGUUCCUGCUGUGCCUGGUGGCUGUUGCCAGCGUCGUCUUUGUCUAUUCUUUAGUCAUGAAAAUCAUAAAUCAGGAACCAGUAAAGGAAAUCAUAAUCAAGUCUCUGGACAUUAUUACCAUCACGGUGCCGCCUGCGCUGCCGGCAGCCAUGACAGCGGGCAUCGUCUAUGCUCAGCGGCGCCUCAAGAAAGUGGGGAUAUUCUCCAUCAGCCCUCAAAGAAUUAACAUCUGUGGGCAGCUGAACCUGGUGUGCUUUGACAAGACAGGCACCCUCACAGAAGAUGGUCUGGACAUGUGGGGAAUUCAACGAACAGAAGAUGGCAGAUUCCACCAUUCAGAAGAAAAAGCAGAUGAUAAGAGUUUAGUAACAACCAAGUUUGUCUCCUGCAUGGCCACCUGUCACUCCCUCACUAAGAUCGAGGGUCAGCUCUCUGGAGAUCCACUCGACCUCAAGAUGUUCGAGGCCACAGGCUGGAUCUUGGUGGAAGCCACAGAGGAGGAGACGGCUCAACACGACCGCAUUGAACUCACUUAUGUAAAACCGCCAAAUCAGCUUCUGCCGCCACCAGUAAUAUCACCUGAACAGGACAUGGAACUGUCAGAACUCUAUGAGCUCUCGGCGUCCUAUAUGAUCGGUAUUGUGCGGCAGUUCUCCUUCUCCUCCGCCCUGCAAAGAAUGAGCGUGGUCGUUCGUCAGAUUGGAGAGAGACGCAUGGAUGCGUAUCUGAAAGGAGCACCGGAGGUUGUGGCAAGCCUGUGUAAGAAAGAGUCAGUACCAGAGGAUUUUGCAGAGGUUCUGGAGGACUACACCAAACAGGGUUUUCGGGUCAUCGCGCUGGCACACAGACGACUAGAAUCCAAACUUACAUUUCACAAAGUGCAGAACAUUAACAGGGAUCAAAUUGAGAAAAAUAUGGAUUUUCUGGGUUUGAUUAUCAUGCAGAACAAGCUGAAAACAGAAACUCCAGGGGUUCUGGAAGAUCUACGACGUGCCAACAUACGCACCGUUAUGGUCACAGGUGACAACAUGCUGACGGCCAUCUCUGUGGCACGAGACUGCGGCAUGAUUCAGCCGCAAGACCGAGUCAUUAUUGCCGACGCUCUACCCCCUAAAGACGGCCAGGCUGCCAAGAUCAACUGGCACUACGCCGACAAACCCGGCAAACCCUCGAACAAGCCCACCAAACUAGAGGAGAUGGAAAUUAUUAUGGAAGAUGGGCAUUCUGAGACGAAACCACAGGAACAGUAUCACUUUGCCAUGAGCGGAAAAUCUUUUGCUGUAAUUAUUGAGCAUUUCCAGGACCUGCUACAGAAGCUGGUGCUUCAUGGAACAGUAUUUGCAAGGAUGGCGCCUGACCAGAAGACUCAGCUUGUUGAAACAUUGGAAAGUGUAGACUAUUUUGUAGGAAUGUGUGGAGAUGGAGCGAACGACUGUGGGGCACUGAAGAGAGCUCAUGCUGGGAUCUCCCUGUCAGAGCUGGAGGCUUCAGUGGCGUCUCCCUUCACCUCCACAACUCCCAGCAUCACCUGCGUGCCCAAUCUGAUCAGGGAGGGACGAGCGGCUCUCAUCACCUCCUUCUGUGUGUUUAAGUUCAUGGCUCUGUACAGUAUUAUUCAGUGCCUCAGUGUCGCCCUUCUCUACUCCAUUGGGAGUAACCUGGGCGACUUCCAGUUUCUCUUCAUCGACAUAGCCAUCAUUCUUCUUAUUGUCUUCACCAUGAGUUUGAACUCCGCAUGGAAGGAGCUCGUCGCCCGAAGACCUCCCUCUGGUCUCGUCUCAGUUCCUCUCCUCUUCUCAGUUCUGACCCAGAUUCUCAUUUGCCUGGGUUUCCAGAUCAUGGGCUUUCUCUUGAUCCGAAAAUUCAACUGGUACUCCAAGCCAGAUUUCUACAACUGCUCUGCUCCUCAUCACAUGGAUAACUCCUCCAAGACCAAAGAAGAAAAUAUCAAGAAUGAUGUGAAUACCACACUCUUCUUCGUCUCCUCGUUUCAGUACCUCAUUGUUGCCGUUGUUUUCUCCAAAGGAAAACCUUUCCGCCAGCCCAGCUACAAGAACUGGCCGUUUGUUCUUUCUACUUUAAUUCUCAUCAUUUUCCUGUUUUUCAUCAUGUUUGUCCCAAUCUCUGGAAUCUAUCAAUUUUUGGAGCUCGUGUGUGUUCCUUUAAGCUGGCGUGUGGUUAUGGUGCUUAUCGUGCUGGGCAACACCUUAGUGAGUGUGUUCAUCGAGACCGUCGUGCUUGACGUCAUCUUAUGGAAGCAUGUGUUCAGCAGAGACAAGCAGGGAAGCUAUGGCGUCUCCCCUGCAGGCCCGACACCACAGGAAGGAAUGGAGCUGUAUGGAACUAAAUGCCUCUCCUGGCUGUGCUGCCGACGGAGAAAAGUGCCCAAGGCUCGGUACAUGCACCUGGCCCAAGAGCUGAGCGUGGAUCCCGACUGGCCUCCCAAACCUAAGAGCACCACUGAAGCCAAACCCGGCCCUCAUCCGGACGACUGCUCCUACCAGAUCGAGGCUGUUUCCUAGCAUUUCCACCCGCUCACACUCCGUAUUGCACAUCCGAACCACCAGGGAGUUCCCUAAACACUGUCAAAUUUAACGAUUUUGUUCAAACAGAUACGAAAAAAGACACCAAAAACAAAACCCUGCAACGGAGAGUUUUUAAUAACACUUCGAAGAUAUUUCGAGGUUCUGUUCUCCCAUUAUAGUUUUCUUUUUUUUGCUGCACAAGAUGAUUUUUUUUUUUAAUGGGCGGGGUUCACAGGCUGGGAACUGUGUAAGCCCCGCCCACUCAUGCGUGCUGUUUGUCAGCACCUCACCGAUAUCCCCUUAAGACAUGUAGACCGCAAAGUCAUUGAACUCAUUACCAAAUGUGUCUCUUUAGAUCACCACCUCCAUGAUUUCAGACACCAUGGUCCUGGUGGCUCUCCUACAGAUAUCCAGUGCUCUUCACUGGAUUUCAAGCAUCGUCCUGUUACUGUAGUCUGUAGUGCAUCAUCUCUACAGGCUCUGCGGCAGGGGCUGCAUGCUAACGCUUUGGAAACCGUCGCUGCAUGCGGAACAAACCAAACUCUAGUGGCUCACAGAAUCCAAGAUCCAGCUUCGUUUUCAGCCAGCUCGUUUUAAAAAUAUAUAUAUAUCGACGUAGAUAUAUAAUUAUACUUGAUCUUUACUUUUCAUAUCUCUUCCCAUGGAAGAAUCGAGGUGGGAUUCACUUGUGGAAGGCCAAAUUUGUAAAAGUUUGUGUUUUGUUCACUUUUCCUGGCGCAGCAUUUGCGAUUUGGUUUUGAUUCGAUCCAUCCUGAAACUUUUUACCGGUUUUGUUUAAAACGGUCUCUGAAUUUCAAGUCCUGAAAGGGAAGGGGCUUAGAUGUACAUCGAGAAAUAUAGGGCACAUUAGGAAAAAGUACAAAUGAUAGUUUUAAACUGGAGUCCUU